AGGCUUUAACAGCAGCUGGAGCGGAGCAGGAGGACACAGUUCUGCCCUGGAUCGUAACAGAGAAAGAAAUAAAGAGCAGCCCUCUUUAAGACAUGGACAUCAAGUUUCUGGCAUUGAUGACUCUGCUGGCCGUGGCCACGCAGGUUCCCUCCUUAAACGCUAAGCCCAUCAGUCUGGUGGAGCGCUGCUGGUGUCGUACCACACUCAACACCGUUCCUCAGCGCACUAUUAAAGAGCUCAAGUUUCUCCAUACUCCCAACUGCCCUUUCCAAGUCAUCGCUAAACUGAAGAACAACAGGGAGGUUUGCAUCAACCCUGAGACCAAGUGGCUGCAGCAGUACCUGAAGAACGCCAUUAACAAGGUGAAAAGAUCCAAAAAACGCCAUGCCAAGAAAAUCUAGACCACAGACAAGGAGUAUGGAAUAUACUGCCUCCAUACCUGAAACCCCAGGUCGACCUCUACACCUCCCGGACACUGCUUUGGAUGUAUGCCAACACGCUGUAUGCUACCUACCUGUCCAUAUCUGUGGACCGCUUGCAGAAGCAGCACUUCACCUCCAAACCUGCACUGAAUGCACCACCGUCAUUCCCUCUACUAGGUGAGGAGUCAUCUUCAGAAAUCCACAGAAGCUCCAGAUUCCAGGAUACGUUGGAACAACAAGAUGCAAACCAGGAUUGUAUCUUCAGAGUUGAGUUCUGGGAGAUGCAUAAAACAGAAACGUUUCUGAAAGUGUAAAAACUAAAUGAUCUUUGUGUCUUUGCUUGUUUCUAUUCAGGGUUUGUUUUCUACACCCUGUACCUCAUUCACAGCUUAUUAUUAUUAUUAUACUGUAUGAACUUAAGUUAUACGAUCUCUUGACUGAGUCAAAUACUAAAAAAAGCUCCAAGAGGACAUUGGUGCACUGAUAUAUCAGUUGCGCUUUAUUAAAAUGAAGAAGUGCUCAAUUUGCAAACACCAAAGGGAACUCAUUCAAGUCAACAUGACUCAUUUUCUACUAAAUACACCACGCUUCCACUAAAGAUUCCCAAGCUUCCAUCUCCUCCCUCUUCAUCUGUCAUAAAAACCACCCGCAUGUUCUCCAUCACCAUGUCGUAUACAUUUCCUUUCUGGCCUCCAUCUUUCCCUCUCUCUACAUGGAAUGUGGUUUUUUUCCCGGACACGACUGCAGAACUUUUCUGUUGAUCAGAGGUGAACAUGGCGUCCAUGUUUGACUGAGAGGUAAUGGGAGAAACACGGGACACAGCUGGCCAAACCCAGUCACCGCCUCACUUUUGAGCUCACUGCACACCUAGUGGACACAAACCCUGGUGUCAUGGUGCUAUACUGAGAGAUCAGAGGCAUUUACAUGGCUGCAUAUCAUGUUUUUUUUUAUUUUUUAUUAUCCCAUGCAAAAUGGAAAUAGCUACUAACCCCUGGGAUUUAAGCAUGUGUCUUAAGGAUUUAUUGAUGAGAGGACACACUAAGAAUAAAAUAUAUUUUGUUCUUAUUGUAGCGAUGGGAGAAAAAAGGAUUAAACAAUAGAAAACCUGCCCACUUCAAAAUAAAUGGAUCAUUCUUAGGUUUAGUUUUAAUGUGAAAAGAGUUGUAUAUGCGAUGUCCUCAUGUAUUGCCCCACCUUUAUCAAAAAUGUGUAAAAAGUCCUAAAAUAAAAACAUAUUUUAUAACAUUAGCAUAAACCAACAAUCCAACAAAUCAGAAUGAAUUAUAAUUUUAAAAAGCAAUUUUUUGUUAAAUAAACAAUCAAAAUUUAUCCUAGGAUAAAUCCUUUCAUAAUACAAAAAACCUAUUCAGAAUAAAUUUGGGAUUUUUUACAUUAUUUCAGGUUGAAUUUUUGUUGCUGCAAUAAAAGUUGAAUUUAUUUUAAGGUUUUUUACAUUUUUUGAGCCCUUGUAUGCUUAUAAUUUUAGUGUUUUAUACCAACACCAUUCCUGGGUAGGAAUAAAAAGCUAAUUAAUUUCUAAAUUAGAUGGGUAAUGAAUGUCACAAAGGGAAAGUUUGGGGUGGUAAAAGGGAAGUUUUUUUAUCAACUUUUUUUACAUUUAUAUAUAUAUAUAUAUUUGAGCCACUUUAUUAUCAGAUGUCUUUAAGUGUUUUUCUAUAAUUUUUAUUUGUGUAAUCUUACUAAUUGUUUAUAAAGUAUAGAAUAGGGAAGAAAUACUAAAUGAAGGCUGUGUUUUCAGUAUUAAACCUCUUUAUCACACAUAAACACUUUGUAAUCCUCUAUGUUCCUACAAAAGAAAUACAACACUGUCACUGCUUGACAGCUUAAAAUAACUGUGUAUUUUUUUUACCUCUUAAUGUUGUUGCUUCACCAAUCAGAGUGAGACCUUAACAACCCAGAACUGAGCAAAAUCUGUUAAGUCUGACAUGACUAAAAACAUAAAGGGAUUUUGUCACUGCUUUUGAAUACAAAAUCCCCUCAGCUCGGCUCUAGAGUCAAACCAACAGAACAAUUUGAUAUUUUUUUAUUGUUUAACUUUGGUUGAUGUAUGACGUGUCAACAAAGCCAUUGAGCCAAAACAGAACCAAACCUCAGUUUAGAUCAGAGCGUCCAGCAUGUGCUUUCAAUCUGGACGCCGCCAGCACCCCAAAGCCUCUUUUCCCAGUUUCACUCAGAACUAUUCAUCCACAUCCAGGUGGUUAUCAUCAUUAUUUCAUGUUCUUCUUUGUGUGUUUUGUUUUGUGUUUAUUUGACUGUUUUUCACAGUGUAGUUGUUACCUAUCUUUCCCCUGCCAGUUUGCAGCAAAUGGUGCAAUAAUCUUGUAAUUACUCUCUCUUAAAUGUGACAGAGCUGGCUACCCAUUAAUCCACGCAUUGCUCAGUAAAGGAGUGUUUCAACAAGGCUAAAAAUAAAUAAAUGCCUUUUUUUUCAUUGUGUAUUUCCAUCCACUAAUACCUUCAAAUU